AUGUCGCAAUUGGGCAACAGGGCGUCCUCAGCUCUGGCGAGGAGCUUGAGAACUCGAGCUGCGCCCAUCGCCAGUAGACCACGAUGCGGCGCCACCCCUCCCGCUACCAGCCUGGCCGGUUCAACGGUUCGGCAUGCUUCGACCGACGACAAGCCGUCGUUCAAGGGCCAGAUGCUUGAGAGUAUUAGCUCCCGUAUUGCGAGAGAGAAGGCCGACCAGGAGCGGAUCGCAAAGGAGAGGCAGGAGAAUGCAUCCAGCAGGAAUGCGGCCACCACCUUCAUGGUCUUCUUCGCCGGUAUCCUCUGCUACUGGAUGGGCACCAAGCUGCCGCGCGACAUCGACCCCAACUCGACCCUCCCCCUCGGCGCCACCCGGCCCCCGAAGCACAGGACGGGCAAGGCCGAGCUCGAGGCCGCCUGGGCCGACUUUGUCGCCAUCGUCGGCGAGGAGAACGUCAACACGACGCCGACCGACACCGAGGCCCACGCCACCUCGGAGUGGUCCACCCACCAGAACGGGCCCGACGAGAAGCCCUUCUGCGUCGUCUACCCCAAGUCGACCGAGGAGGUCGCCGCCAUCAUGAAGGUGUGCCACACGCGCCGCGUCCCCGUCGUCGGCUACAGCGGCGGCACCUCGCUCGAGGGCCACUACGCGCCGACGCGCGGCGGCAUCAUGGUCGACUUCGGCCGCAUGGACAAGAUCGUCAGGCUGCACAAGGACGACCUCGACGUCGUCGUCCAGCCCGCCGUGCGGUGGGAGGAGCUCAACGAGGAGCUGGCCAAGGACAACCUCUUCUUCCCCCCGGACCCGGGCCCGGGCGCCAUGAUCGGCGGCAUGAUCGGCACGGGGUGCAGCGGCACCAACGCCUACCGCUACGGCACGAUGCGCGACUGGGUGCUGUCGCUGACGGUCGUGCUGGCCGACGGCACCGUCAUCAAGACGCGCCAGCGGCCGCGCAAGAGCUCGGCGGGCUACGACCUGACCCGCCUCUUCAUCGGGUCCGAGGGCACGCUCGGCCUCGUCACCGAGGCGACGCUCAAGCUGACGGUGCGCCCGGCCUCGACCAGCGUCGCCGUCGCGUCCUUCGGCUCCAUCCGCGAGGCCGCCGACUGCGUCGCCCGCGUCGUGGGCGAGGGCGUGCCCGUCGCCGCCGUCGAGAUCCUCGACGACAAGCAGAUGAAGUUCAUCAACGCGGCGGGCGCCACGUCGCGGCAGUGGCGCGAGGCGCCGACCCUGUUCUUCAAGUUCUCGGGCACCGCCGCCGGCGUCAAGGAGCAGGUCGGCAUCGUGCGGGACAUGGCCCGGCGGGCGGGCGCGGGCACGUUUGACUUUGCGCGCUCCGACGCCGAGCAGGUCGAGCUCUGGAGCGCGCGCAAGGAGGCGCUCUGGAGCACCAUGGCCGUGCGGCGCGCCGGCGACCACGUGUGGACGGGUGACGUCGCCGUGCCCGUGUCGCGGCUGCCCGACAUCAUCGAGGAGACGCAGCGCGACAUGGCCGCGACGGGCCUCGUCGGGUCCAUCGUCGGCCACGUCGGCGACGGCAACUUCCACACCAUCCUGCUCUACGGCGACGAGAAGCGCCGCACGGCCGAGGAGUUUGUGCACCGCAUGGUCAAGAGGGCUAUCGAGAUGGAGGGGACGGUCACGGGUGAGCAUGGAGUCGGCUUGGUGAAGAGGGACUAUCUCCCGCACGAGCUUGGGGACGACACUGUCGAUACGAUGAGAAAGAUCAAGCAGGCCUUGGACCCGCUGUGCCUGCUCAACUGCGACAAGAUUGUGCGCGUGGAGAGGCCCAAGCCGGGAGAGGUUGGGAAGUGGUGA